GGAAAAAUUUGUAUUAAUUAAAGAAAAAAAAAUUUAGACUCUUAAGAGACAAAUUCUUUUCUCUUUUUAUUGUUGUUUAUUUCGCUUUUUUCUAAACUACUUAUAACCUUCCAAAGUUUGGACCAUAUUUUAUAUGAAACUAAACCUUCUGACCAUUUUUUGCCUGCUCUUCUCUCACCAGCGCUCCUUCCCUUAUAUCUCGGCCAUGGUGAACAACGGCACGGUGAGCUACGACCACGGGAAAGACGGCCGCUCGUCGGAGCUGGGGGGCUGCCCGGCCGACAUCAGGAACAGGAACCACGACACGUACCUCGCAAUUCGCUACUCCAGAGGGAGACUGACGGUGAUGAUCGAUGUGGACGACCAGAACGAGUGGAAGGAGUGCAUCGACAUCGGAGGCGUUCGUCUUCCUACGGGAUAUUUCUUCGGUGCGUCGGCAGCAACAGGAGAUCUUUCAG